CCGAACAAUCAAUUGUAUCGAUAGCUGGGUGCAUUUGUUUGUGCGUAGAAAGUAAAUUGGCGAAACGAAACGAAAAAGCGAGUAAAAGUUAGCAAACUGCCAAAGAACUCACGGGUUAUUCGCUGGACAUAGUCGCCAUAUCAAGGGAUCAAAAAAAGGGAAAAGCCCAUAGCCAAAUCCACGCCACGCCAUGGACAUCAUGGACAUCCAGGCCGUCGAGUCCAAGCUGAGUGACGUCACGGUGACACCGAUACCGCGCAGCCAGGUGCAGAAUUUCUACAAUUACCAACAGCAGCGGGAGCAGCGCGAGCAGCAGCCCCAGAUCCAGAUAUCGGCCAUCCACCACUCGCGUGGUGGUACCGGAGGCUCGGGCUCGGGAUCCGCCUCCUCAGCCACGGACUACUCCACGGCGGGCAGCGGGGGCAAACGGGAGCGGGACCGUUCCGGCGCCAGCGACUACAGCAGCUCCGCCGGCAAACAGAGCUCCGCUGCUGCUGCCAAUGCAGCAGCCGCCGCCGCUGCCGUCGCUGCCCUCCAGUACUCCCCGCAGUUCCUCCAGGCCCAGUUGGCCCUCCUGCAGCAGCAGUCCAACACCACGGCCACGCCGGCAGCAGCUGCUGCUGCGGCCCUCUCCCUGGCCAACAUGUGCUCCUCCACGUCCAAUGGCGGGCAAAGGAACUCCGUUGCCACAGCCUCAGCAUCCUCCUCCAGCAAUGGCCAGAGCAUGGGCCUGAACCUGAGCUCCUCGCAGCUAAAGUACCCGCCACCCUCCACCUCGCCCGCGGUGGUGACCACCCAGACGUCGGCCAACAUCACCACGCCGCUGACCUCCACGGCCAGUCUGCCGUCCGUGGGACCCGGCAACGGGCUAACCAAGUACGCCCAGCUGCUGGCCGUCAUCGAGGAGAUGGGUCGCGACAUCAGACCCACCUACACGGGCUCGCGCAGCUCGACGGAGCGGCUCAAGCGUGGCAUUGUCCAUGCCCGCAUCCUGGUGCGCGAGUGCCUCAUGGAGACGGAGCGAGCGGCGCGCCAAUGAGAGGAGGAGUCGCUGUCGCCGCAGCUGGCGUCGUUGGAGUGAAGAGGACUCCUCAUCCGACGACUAGGUUAAUUCCCCUCCCCGCACAGAUAGGAUGGGUCGAAUUUACGGACCAGGCA